UGAGGGGAACACAGAGAGAGGAAGGAAGAGGUUGUUCCGUGUCCAUUUCUUGAAAGAAACCGAGGAUCGGAUUCACAGUGCGUGCACAGUUGAUCAUUUGAAAUCUUUUUAAGACAGGAAACAAUAGAAUCUCUGACAUAAUGUCGAAGAAUACAGUGUCCAAUCUCUUCAGGAAGGUAGAUGUGGACGAGUACGACGAGAACAAGUUUGUUGACGAGGAGGAUGGUGGAGAGAACCAACUAGGUCCAGAUGAGGCAGAAGUUGACUCAUUGAUAAGACAAGGGAAUCUCAUGGAGGCCCUGCAGGCAGUUCUAAAAAACCCACCAAUCAACACAAAGAACCAGAAUGUUAAGGAUCGGGCUGAAGCCCUAGUACUGAAAGUCCUCAGCUCUUUCAAGAGUGGUGACAUUGAGAAGGCAGUGCAGUCGCUGGACAAAAAUGGUGUGGACCUCCUCAUGAAGUACAUCUACAAGGGAUUUGAGAGGCCCUCUGAAAACAGCAGCGCUGUGCUGCUGCAGUGGCAUGAAAAGGCCUUGUCUGCUGGAGGAGUGGGCUCCAUCGUUCGAGUACUAACUGCCAGAAAAACCGUCUAAAGAGUCCUGCAGCUGCUUGAAAACCAAUGGUACAUAAACACAGAGAAUUUGUUCACAGGGUGCAGCGGAGGACUUGGUCCUCUCUGUCCUUCCUUUCUUUAUCUCUGCUUGCAUCAAAGCCUCUCCCGUUUCCCUCUGCUGUCACACUCCAUGGGUUCCCCGUGCCUCCUGAAACCGGUCACUGUACAAUGCAAAGAGUGGGGAUGCACUCUGGUGAGGAUCUGUAAAGAAGGGUGUUUUUCUAGAUUUUAAAAAGCAGCCGGUAUGCCGUCUCAUCUGGGUUAGUUAGGGAAGCUACCUCUCGUCUGGCUUUGCCAUUCUCAGGAAUGUCUUGAUCUUUCAUUUCCUUUGACGAAACGAUAGGGUUGCUCCUUUCUUGUCGUUGAGCAGAUUGGCCACUUCGCAGGGAUUACUGUGAUUCCCUGUUAAAUCCGGGAAGCAGCCGGAGAGAUCGUGCCACAGACGGGAGCCUGUGAGAUUUGCGGUGGGGGUGCUUUCCUGCAUGCUCUAGUUUAGACUUAAUGCCUCCUCUCUGUGGCACGUGAAGCCACUCACUCCUCUUACGGAUCUCAUCACCACAUUGCAUCAUUUCACAAAAAGGGCAUUAGCUUGCUACAUUUAUUAAAAGGGAUUAUUCCUCUCAGAACAGAUAAAGCAUUCGACAUCGAGGGAUUACACAGCUUUUCUUUGUCAAAACGCGAAAGCAAAAUCAUAAUUAUUGUGUUAAUAUCCCUGACAUGCUGUAGCCAUGUUGGUGUCAUCCCUCUAAGUUUCUGUCACAUUCCUAGCUUUCUUUUCUAGCCCAAAUAAUACUGUUUAUUUUCUCCUCUGUGCUGUUCUGAUGGUGCAGAGGGGAGGGUAAAUCUCUCUUUCCUUCUUUCAUGUCUUUUCAACUUUUCUUAGCAUUCCUAAUUUACCUGAUGGACAUAUUUGAUUGUGGAUAUUUAAAAUGGAUAAACAUCAAAGGAAAAACAAAACUGUUGACAUUUUAAGUGUUUUAAUUGUAACCUGCAUCUGCCUUGCUUGUUUCGAGGUUUUGUUGCCAAAUUGUGAAAUAAUUUCUCAUUGAUCGCUUUGCUGUUCAAAGCUAGAACAGCGGCAUUUGUGCUCAUACCUAGAACAGACAUUGCCAAUCAAAGUGACCACAUCAUUUGUGAGUGAAUGGAGUUAAUAUUAAAGAUGAAAUUGGAUGAUUUUUAGGUUUUACUUGGUUAAAUCACAAGUUUGAUGAAACUGAAGUUGAAUAAACCAAUACAUAAAGCAUAUGAAAGUGCAGUCAGUGGAAUCAUAAAUAUAAUUUAUUGUAAACAGGAAUUUUAUCUUCAUGGGCAUUGUGCAAAAGCUCAGAUAAAGUUUUGUACCUAAAGACUGCUUUCCACAUGAAAACAGUGCCUAUGCCUGUGUUCUUUUACUACUAUAAAGUGGUCAGUAUUCACUUAUCCAUCUUCAGUUAGCCAAGAAUAUUUGUAACUAGCUACAGAACAUAGGUUUUUACUUGUUUGCAUACUCACCCUGUGUUGCCCUGUGAUUGUUUGGACUGAAACCUUUGGCUGUAACGAGCUGAUGUUUUUUUUAAUAGGUUUUGUUUCGUUUUUAAGAGACAAAAUACAAGCUAUUUUGCACUUGCUGUUAAAAUAUGAUGAAGCUUUGAUGUCUAGAAAAGCUGGAUGUGUAUUUGCAAUAACUGAAUGAGACACAACACAAACCUUCAUUUCAUGUACACCACAUGAAAAACAGCACCUGUUUGUAGAUAGUAAUUGCAUAUAAUAGCAAAAUACAAAGAAAAUCACCGGCAGAGUCCAUCUUUCUUGUAUUUCAACAAAUGAGGAAAAAGAUUGUCCUGCUGUUUAUUUGGUUGGGGGUUAACAUUGAAUACCAAUGUGACCGAUGACGUUCUUGACCUGAUUGGCUGUUCUAGGUAUAAGUGUAAUCAAACCAUUUUAUUUUACAAGUCUGAAACUGAGGCAUCAUGAGAUCAUAUCUGGGUAAAAUCACAAACUGAGUAUUCAUACACAGGGCAUUUCAGAAUCAAAUUGUAAUGUCUUUGCUGAUUGAUCUGUUCAUAGUAUCAUGUAUCACUAUUUGUAAUUGAAGCAUUUAUCCAGUGUUUUAUAAUGCCCCAUGCAUUACAUAGAUGUGCUGGACAUCUUCAAAAUUCCUGCACACGUUUUUGGACCAAAUAACUCCAGUAAGUGUUAGUGCUGGGUGGUAGUCAGUGUUAUAAUUAGCUUACGUAAGACCUGAUACCAACUAGUGCAAAGAGGGUAGUUUCACAUCUCUUUAGUGAUUGAAAUGAUUCAAACUGAGAUUUAGUAUGACUAUUUGUUCAACAUUGCAGACAUUUAAGAAUUGAAAAAUGGUAUUCAAUUAUGGAACAAUCUAAAACCGUAAUAUUAAAACUUGGACAAAUUGAAUUGCCAUUUUAUUCAACCAUGGAAUAGAAGUACUUUCAGACAGCAUAAUUCUUCUGAUACUUAAAAAAACAAAAAAAAACAAAAAAAAAAACAUUUGUGGUUUCUUAAAGUCCUUUUUCUAUGCACUUAGAGCUAUAGUGAAUUUACUGUAAUAGUACUGCAUAUGGCUCUAAGCUGUACUGUAGGAUAUGUACCUCAGAUGUCCAAUACCAUAUUGUAUGAACCACACUUUUUAUGAUAAUUGUGAAAUAAUGCAUUUUUAUUUCUUUUUCUUAAUUGUGAGCAACAUGUCAGAACAGUAAUGAUUUGGUGCAGUAAUGUUUAUUGCUCUCGUGAACAAGUGCAAAAAAAUAACUACCAAACUGGUGUACAAACUGCCUUAUCAAAUAUUCCUUUUUAUGUUUGUGCUUUUGUGAUACAAUAAAAUAUAUACAGAUGCAAA